AUGCACUGCGGACAAUUAUUCAUAGCUUCGUGGCAAGUAAACGGCAUCCUGGAAGAGCACUGCGUGGACGGGUUGUAUCUCUCCAGCUUGGAGAAUGAUUUCUACGGUCUGGUGGCCGCAGAGCUGGACCAUUUUGAGCACGUGGGGGACCGCAGAAAGGUGCUGCUCUUCCCACCGGUCUCCAGCCGCCUGCGCUUCCUUAUCCAUCGGCUCACAGAGUCCCGCAAAACCCUAAGCAGCUUCUCGGUAGGCGAGGGGUGGCAGAGGCGCACAGUGAUCUGCCACGCGGAUGUACGGCUGACUUUGCCCGAAGGAGAUUCUGUACCCGGCACUCGUGAAACUAAUCGCGGACAGAGUUGGUGGGGAAAUUCAUACAACAAGGCGGGGAGAGGGAGAGCAAACUACAGACAGCGAAAGAAUGAGAGACCGGACAAGGCCUUGUAUGUUCCGUGGGGGCUGAACGGGAGACGAGCGAGAGGAAGGGGCAUGAGUGAGGAUAUUAAAGAGAGAAAGUGGAGAAGAGAGGAUUUAGAAGAGGUGGGGAGAUGGGGAGAAGGACGAAAGGGAAGCAGACGCGGAGAGGAGAAAAAUGGAAAAGAGAAGAGCAAUAGAUUGGAUGAAGGGGAGUAUAGAAGUGAAUUUGAAGCUGGACAGAAAGUGGAAGAAGAAGGUGGUCCUAUGACAGCAAGAAUAAAAUGUAACGAGAUGGUAGAGUGUAGUGCUGGUGGUUUGGAGGCAGUACAAACAAGCAGUUGUGGAUUGGAGAACAUUGAAGGUGUAGAAGAAGAGAUAAAGGAUACAGAACAUGUAAAGAACAAUGAAAAGACACUAGAAGCUGAGGUGGGAAAUACAGAGAGGCAAGAGAGGUCGGAAUUAGAGAAGACAGAGGACACUGAGCAGGUGAAAAAUGAGAGUUUCAGUGCUGAGAGUGUUGAAUCGGAACAAGUAAGGAAAUGUAAGUCAGGUUCUGGUGAAAGUGAGGGUCAGGAGGUGGAUUCAGGAAUUGCUGAAAAUAGGAGCCAGAGCUUAAAUGUGGAAAUGAAGGAGAAGCUGUUGGUUGAGGUCAGUUCUGCAGGAUCUCUGCUAGAUGAUCGCAUGGAACAAAUCCCAGAGUUAGAUGGCACCGGAAGUGACAUUAAACCAUCCCUUGUGGGCGUUGAGAAAGAUAAGAGUUUAGCAGCGACUGAUUAUGCAUCAACGCAAACUGAAGGUUCACAGAAUACAGACAAUAAGCAGAUUGUUGAGGACCAAGAAACUGGGCUCGUUUUAACAGAUCCCUUAAAACCUGACUCCCCUUACCACACUCUGGAGCCCAGAACUGAUGUGGGUGAGUGUCUGGUGACCACAGGAAAACCUGCUUUGGAAAUGGAUAAAAGCAAAGAAGAAAAUAACAUGACGGAGGUGACAGGAGGGGGUCCAGCCUGCUAUAAAAGCCCACCAGCAACAGAAAACCCAGAUAACACAAUUGAGCUGAUCCUGAAUGAGAUCCGCACCCAUUUAUCUGAGAAAGAUGUGCAUAUUCAGCCUCUCCUUGGGGAUUUCUCUGAGUUUGCAGAGGUUCAGACCGACCAUGGAAGAUUCGGCCAUGUUAUUGAGGUGUAUGGUUUUUCGCCAGAUCUCUGUACUGACGAUCUAAUGGAACCGUUUGUGGAGUACAGAGACCAAGGUUUCCGCCUGCAGUGGGUUGAUAAGUCUCAUGCCCUUGGAAUAUUCUCCAGCCCAGAAGACGCUUAUGCCGCCUCCUGCAGGACGCACUCCGCCAUGAAGUUCCGGCCUCUGUCUCAAGGCAGCCGCCAGUCUAAGAUUGUUGCACACGAGAAAGCAGAUAUUUUGCUGCCCACCAAGGACAGACCUCAAACGGAUGUUUCUGUCGCAAAGAGACUUUUGAACAGAGCCCUGGGGCUGCCGACGCAAGACCAACGUCUUCCAGCGGUGGAGUGAUCUGGCACGUGGCUGGGAGUUACUUCUUCGGCCGCUCGCAAGGAGAGAGACGCAUCUAGUUUCACUUAGCACUUUCUUCUAAAAUCCUUUGUUGGGUAAGAGAUGGGGAAGCGACCGGCACGUCCCUGAUUUAGGAAGAAGGCAAGAAGAACUAUGCAUGAAAAUCUAUCAGCAAGUGAUGCUGGGCGCGUGGCAGAGCAGUCCACAUCUGCUAGAAUGCAAUAUCUUCAUCCUUUCUCUCUGUUUGUUUCGGCGUUCCCGUGUCAGGCUGCUGUUAUUGUCCAUGUUAUAGCUCCAAAAUUCUAUAUAAUUACAGUUUCAUGAGAAAAUCUCAUUACUCUCAGGAGGAGGGAUGCCACUCUAUACGCAGGAGAAUCUUAGUGCAAAACUUUAAACGUAGUCUUAUCGUCUAGCAGCCAAUUAAUCAUCAUGAAGACCCCACUGGCUGCUAGGAGGAUUCGAUCCGUUUGCAUCAAAAUAGCUGAGUAAUCCGGUGGAAUAACCGUAUAAAUGUUACGGUUUGUUAUAGUGUUUGAGAGAGGACCAAGUUGUAUAUUUUGUACAAUUUAUUUGUGGAACAUGGAUUGCCCUAUAUCUGUUCUCCUCCUUCUGGAUGAGUUUAGUUGAAUUUUUUUUUGCUUGUUAAUACGAAUUAUAGUCGGAAAGAUAUGACUUAAAUUCUGUAAACAAGAAUCUAACAUAUAAA